CUUAAAGGGGAAGGAUUCCAAUUAAUAAACCUCUUAAACCCUUUGGUUUUACUACCAUUCCCCCCACCAGCUUUGGUGUCUCAUGUUGUUAAGGAGAGUUUUGUCAGGAGAGAAAGACAUUAUGUGUUGUUGCACAGAUCUGCAGCAUUAGGUCCCUUGCUCUAUUGUUUGCAGGGGAUUUCGAGGACUUAGCUGGGACUAACAAGUACCUACAGUAGAUGUUAGUGUUGUUUGCCUACUUAUGGACCGCAAAGACAUUGUGUGUGUGAUGUGUGGUCUGUGCCGGGAAACUUAAGAAAGGUGGUAUCUUUUUUGUUUUUGACAAGAAAAAGAGACAGUGUUCCCAAAGGCUCGGAUGCAUUUGUCAAUGGAUACUCUUGGAAUGGUGGACGACAGCGGGCAUGGAAUAGUGGACAGCUAUGAAAUGGCAAAAGGUGCCGGGUCGAGCAGUGGAGGCAGGGUUCACAGCAUUGAUGUCAUUUUGGGAUUCACUAAAGACCAGGAGUCUUUACUACAAGGUGGGGAAAGCCCAAGAGACCAUGGAGCAAACCCACAGGAUCCUGAAAAGCAUGUCCCAUCAGACCCGUACGGGCACCUUCCAGAGCUCGGUGACGGCUCCCAGCAUUCUUCUUACCACGAAUCUGACCUUUUCUCCAAUGACAAGUGUGAUGGAGAAAUUAGCAGCCUGCACAAGGAUGUAGAUGCUUCUGAGGGGUCUCCGGAGAUGAGUAAAGAUGACGAGCACGCUAAGAAGAAACACAGAAGAAACCGCACCACCUUCACCACUUAUCAGCUGCAUGAGCUGGAGCGAGCCUUUGAGAAGUCCCACUACCCAGAUGUCUACAGUCGUGAGGAACUGGCGAUGAAGGUCAACCUCCCUGAAGUUCGAGUUCAGGUGUGGUUCCAGAAUCGACGAGCUAAGUGGAGACGUCAAGAAAAGAUGGACACCAGCACCAUGAAACUCCAUGACUCCCCCAUGCUGUCGUUUAAUCGUCCACCAAUGCCUCCCAACGUGGGGCCAGUGGCCAGCCCGAUGCCCCUGGAUCCCUGGCUAAGCUCGCCAAUCUCCAGUGCCACACCCAUGCAUAGCAUUCCAGGCUUCAUGGGCUCACCGCAGGCUCUGCAGCCGACCUAUUCCAGUCACAGCUUCCUCAAUAGCCCACCUGGCAUGGUCCAAAGCAUGCAGCCCAUGGGCCCACCUCCCUAUCAGUGUGCACCGAGCUUCAAUGAUAAAUAUCCCAUGGAGGACGACAGGAGUUCCAGCAUCGCAGCACUCAGAAUGAAGGCUAAAGAGCACAUUCAGUCAAUGGAUAAAACCUGGCAGCACAUGUGAUGUCUUACUCUAAUUCUGGAUCUACUCCUGUGAAUGUUUACAAACUGCUUUUGAUUUACGAAGGGGACAUGUGGCACCAAAAAUGUAAAAAAAAGGAUAUACAUAGGAUUUCAUUAAAUGGGUUUAGAUUCAAAUGUUUAGUGAUACUUUUGUUUAGGUACAAAAAACAAACAAAAGACUUUUAAUCUGCAGAAAAUUUAUACCUUGUAUGGAUUAUAGAUUGUAACUUGUCAGAAGUAGAUAUGUUUUACUUUUUUUGUUCAACUCAAUGAUAUCUCAUUGACAAAUGGCAACAAAUGUAUAGAAAUGGAUUGUCUCAA